AUCAUAAUAAAGCAGUUUUAUUUCGAUUUAACCGAGGGCAAUGAACGACUUGGCAAUGUUAAUCACUCAAAAUGACUUUUUAGCUCUACUCGAAAGAUGCGAACAGCUUGAAAUACAAGCUGUUACGGAUGCCAACAUUGACCUUUCACAAGUCUAUCCUGUAUACUUGGCUAGCUGUUUAUUAACAGGCGAUCUUCAGACAGCACGACACGUCCGGAAACGUAGCUUAAAUGCUAAAAUACAAACAGCCCAAAUUGAUGCUAUUUGGCGUGUUGUAGUCGACUUUAUUACCAAAGAUUAUGCAAAAAUUUACCAGGACUUGGACGGAUUUCAAUGGAAUGAUUAUAUGCAACUGGCCACUCAUAAAAUAAAAAUCAAUUUGAGAGAAUACAUGGUUCAACUUGUAUCGAAAGUUUACUCAUCGAUUGAAGUGAAACAAGCAGCAUGUUACUUUGGUGUUUCCGAAAAUGAAGCAAUUCAAGAGCUGACACAAAGGCAUUGGAAGUACGAGGAGGCGACGCAAACCUUAUACCCAAACAAGCAGAAAGCGUCGGUAUCUUCAAAUUAUAAAAACAGUAAUCAAUUUUCAAGAUUAGCAGAUAUUGUGUUAAGCCUUGAAAAAUUUUGAUUGCAUUUCAUAAGACAACUUUGAUCAUGUUGAGCUUAUGAUUGCUUUUCCACAUUUAUUCAUUGUUGACAAUGUAUAUAUAAUACUUUUUCACACUUCUUAAUAUUAUUGAUCAUUCGAUUGAUCCUUUAUCGUAUGCCAAACUUUUUAGGUCUUCUUUAAACCUAAUUAUAGAAAGGAAGCCUAUGCAAAACAAUAAAGUUAUAGCAAUAAUAAACAUCUUCAUAUUGUUAGAAUAGAUUCUAGCCCAACUUGAAGUGC